UCUUCUGUCCUCCCCACUUGUUCUACAGCCACUUCUGUAUUUUGGACUUUAGUUUCAGUCACAUUGUUUGAACUAGAUAGAGGAGGAGAGACUGGCCAGAGAACCUUGACACAACAGCACAAAGCCGAUCACUUUAACAAAAUGAGUAACAGUUCUCUUCUUGUGAAUGUGGAUAACUGGAUUGCACAGAACCAGAAUGCUUUUCUGCCGCCAGUGUGCAACAAGCUCAUGCACUUUCUUCAGCUGAAUAUCAUGUUUGUCGGAGGUCCAAACAGCAGGAAGGAUUAUCACAUAGAAGAAGGAGAGGAGUUGUUCUAUCAGCUGAAGGGAGACAUGUGUCUGAAAGUGGUUGAAAACGGCAAACACAAGGAUGUGCACAUCAGAGAGGGAGAGAUGUUCCUGCUGCCGGCUCGGAUACCCCACUCCCCACAGAGACAGGCCAACACUGUGGGGCUGGUGGUGGAGAGGAGACGACUGCUGACUGAGACUGACUGCUUGAGGUACCAUGUGGACAACACCACUGACAUCCUGUUUGAGAAAUGGUUUUACUGUCAGAAUCUUGGAACCCAACUGGUGCCAAUAAUCAAAGAAUUCUUUUUAUCAGAGCAGUGCAGAACAGGAAAACCUGAUCCAGAUGAAGUCUUCAGGCAGCCUCCCUUCCAGAUGAACACUAGGACCGUGAUGUCGCCUUUCAGCUUCAAAGACUGGCUGGACAAGCAGAGGCCUGCGCUGGCCAGUGGCAGGCCCGUCGACAUGUUCGGAGCUCAGUUUGAGACAGAGGUGAUGGUGUUUGGACCUGGCCUGACAGAGACAACAGUACCACAGAGUGACGUGUGGAUUUGGCAGAUGGAAGGAUCCUCUAAGGUGACGAUGAAUGAGCAGGAGGCAACUCUUACUGCAGGAGACAGUUUCAUUAUUCCUGAACAGAGCCAGUACCAGUGGCAGAGAGAGGACGGCACUGUUGCCCUGUUGGUGGUUCAAAACCCUGAGCGGAAAAGACCAUGACCUGCCAAUUCACAAACACCCAUUAAAUACACAUGAGACUUCUUAGGAUGGGAGCAAAACACUUAUUCAUUAUAAAUACAUGUGAUUGGACAGGAACAACUAGAUCUUGAGUGUAGAUGCAGUAAUGAAAAGUAGAUUAUUUAACUUCAUGUUCAACCAUGAAAACUGUCAUGGAAAUUAUUGAAUCUAACUGUCCUCUUAUAAAAUAUAACAGACCCUUCUGUCCUGACAUAGCCAUGCUCAAAGUUCAUCUGGCUGACCUGAAAAACAUCAUUUUAUAAAUUCCACGAUGAGGAUUCUGCCCCGUUUGGCCAAGUGCUUGCUUAGUAACUCUGUUUGUUUAUCUAUUCUCUGUAAAUUGUUUCUCUACCAAUAAUUAAUUUACCUUUGAUAUCAUUGAAUUGAUCACUCAGUCUGAUGGUUUAUUUCCUCACCUGGGAAUUAAAUACAAAUUCCCACCACAUAAAUUAUGCUUUCAUGUGCGUUAUAUGAACCUUGACCCGUCUGAAAGUUAAUAGUCACAAGAAAUUAUUGCAACUGAAACGUUGUUGCGGUUCAAAGGUUUUAUGACACCUCAGUUUUUUCAUUAUACUCAUAUAUACAUCGACAUUUUUCUCAAGGUACUGAAGCAAUAGAACAAAUAAACAGAUUGUGAUUUAAAUAUAAAAUUUGAUUAAAAAAGCAUAUGUGUUGCA